AUGGCCAAGGGUGAGGCCGUCUUCUACGACUUCGUCGCACAACAACUCGAACCUGCGUUGGGACGCGCACUGCCGCAGAUGGAGGUGCGCUGCAAAGACCUCUCGCUCGUCGUGGAGGUGCCCGUUGUUCGCCAAGAAUCAAGCACCACUGCGUCCGAGCUGCCCUCCGUCUACAACAGCGUCAAGCGCGUCGUCCGCAAACUUGCCGCAACCAAGCACGUGACCCAGAGACACAUACUCAAUCGCGUGGACGCCGUGUUCGAACCGGGCACCAUCACGCUCGUGCUUGGACAACCCGGAUCCGGCACGUCGUCGCUCAUGAAGGUGUUGAGCGGCCAGCUCCCCAUGGAGAAAAACGUCGCCCUGCAAGGAGACCUCUCGUACAACGGGUGCACGUGGAAGGAGCUGCUGCCGAAGCUGCCCCAACUGGCCGCGUACGUCCCGCAGAGCGACAAACACUUUCCGACCUUGUCUGUGCAGGAGACGCUCGAGUUCGCCCAUGCAUGUUGCCCCCAGGAAGUGACGUCUCGACUUGGAAAGGAGAUGCUAUCGUGUGGCACGCCUGAGCAGAACGAGACGGCGCUGCGAGCUGCCGAAUCGCUCUACAAGAACUAUCCGGACGUGAUCGUGGAGCAGCUCGGUCUGCAGACUUGUCGUGAUACAGUAAUCGGCAACGCGUUGAAGCGCGGCGUGUCCGGCGGCGAGCGUCGGCGCGUGACAACCGGCGAGAUGGAGUUCGGCAUGAAGUACGCGACGUUCAUGGACGAGAUCAGCACGGGCCUGGACAGCGCGGCCACGUUCGACAUCGUCUGCACGCAGCGUGAUAUCGCCAAGAAGCUGCACAAGACGGUGGUGAUGGCGUUGCUGCAGCCUGCGCCGGAAGUGUUCGAGCUCUUCGACAACAUUUUGCUGCUGAACGAUGGCGAAGUUAUGUACCACGGGCCUCGAGAGCACGUGGUGCCGUACUUCGAGAGCUUGGGCUUUGUCUGUCCGCCGGACCACGACGUGGCCGACUACCUGUUGGAUCUGGGCACGGACCAGCAGUACCAGUACGAGGUGGCGAAGGCGAGCACCCACGCAUCCUUCUCCGUUCAGUCUCCUCGACUGGCGAGUGAGUUUGCGGAUCUGUUUCGCCAGUCGGAAAUUCACCAGCAAAUCAUGCAAACUCUGGACGCGCCUUGGAGUGACGAGCGUGUGCGUGAUGGCAAGGAGCAUCUGAUGAAGAUGCCUGAGUUCCGGCAGUCGUUUUGGGCCGGCACCCUGACUGUAAUGCGCCGGCAGAUGCUUCUGGAGCUUCGCAACACGGAUUUCAUGCGGGUUCGGGCGCUAAUGGUGGUUGUCAUGGGUCUCAUCUACGGCAGCACGUUCUUCGGGUUUGACCCGACAAAUGCUCAGGUGGCGUUGGGCGUACUGUACCAGACCACCAUGUUCCUGGCCAUGGGCCAGGCAUCUCAAACCCCAGUGUUUAUCGCAGCCCGCGAGAUCUACUACAAGCACCGGCGGGCCAACUUCUACCGCACUUCGUCGUUCGCGAUCGCGUGUCUGACGGCGCUGGUGCCAUCGGCUUUUGCCGAGUGUCUGGUGUUCAGCUGCUUCGUGUACUGGAUGUGCGGCUUCGUCGGUGGCGUGGGCUACUUCCUGUUCUUCCUGCUCUGCAUGGUUCUCACCAACCUCGCACUGUGCGCGUGGUUCUUCACGCUGACGGCCAUGGCCCCGAAUUUCAACAUCGCCAAGCCCUGCUCGACGUUCUCCAUUACGUUUUAUGUCGUCUUUGCUGGGUUCGUGGUGCCCAAGACGCAGCUUCCGGCCUUCUUCCUGUGGAUCUACUGGCUCAACCCGCUCGCGUGGUGUCUGCGUGCAGUUGCCGUGAACCAGUAUCGCUCGCCCAAGUUUGACGUUUGCGUGUACGCGGGUGAAGACUACUGCUCUCAGUACAACAUGACCAUGGGCGAGUAUUCGUUGUCGCUGUACGACGUACCGUCAAACAAGGCGUGGGUGUGGGGUGGCGUGUUGUUCCUGCUGUUCUCGAUCGCGUUCUUCGUGGUGGCCGGCAGCUACAUUCUCCAGCACAAGCGGUACGACGUUCCUGCUGCCACGGUGGCAGUUGUCGCCAGCUUCGUCGAUGACAAGGAAAAGAGCGAGCUGGACGACAUUCCGGAAGAGCAAGAGCAGCCAAGCCGUCCGGACGGAACAGCCAGCUACGUCAUGGUCGCCACUCCACGAGCUGCCUCAAGCUCACCAGCACAAGAAGAAGCGCCGUCAGACAUGGUCGUGGUAGACCUGCACGAGGAACAGGCAAGGUUUGUACCAGUCGCUUUGGCGUUCAAAGACCUCUGGUACUCCGUUCCUUUGCCCCACCACAGACACGAGUCUAUCGACCUACUCAAGGGCAUCAGCGGAUACGCUCUACCUGGUACCAUGACGGCGCUCAUGGGGUCGUCGGGUGCUGGUAAAACAACCUUGAUGGACGUGAUCGCUGGCCGCAAGACUGGAGGCACCAUCCAGGGCGAAAUUCUUCUCAACGGAUACCCCGCGACUGAGCUGGCCAUUCGACGAUGCACAGGAUACUGCGAGCAGCAGGACAUCCACUCGGAGGGGGCCACCAUCCGAGAGGCGCUCACGUUCAGCGCCUUCUUGCGCCAGGACAGUAGUGUAUCGGAGCGUGCCAAGUUGACGACCGUGGAGGAGUGUCUGGACUCGCUGGAUCUGCGCCCCAUUGCCGACCAGAUCAUCCGCGGUCGAUCGCAGGAGCAAAUGAAGCGCCUCACUAUCGGUGUCGAACUCGCGGCGCAACCGAGUGUGCUGUUCCUGGACGAACCCACCAGCGGCAUGGACGCUCACUCGGCCAAGGUGAUCAUGGACGGCGUGCGAAAUGUGGCGGACAGCGGCCGCACCGUGGUGUGCACGAUCCACCAGCCCUCGUCCGACGUCUUCUUCUUGUUCGACAGUCUGUUGCUGCUGAAGCGCGGCGGCGAGAUGGUGUUCUUCGGUGAGCUGGACAACGCGCAGCCCGACGACCGCGAGUGCGGCCACCUGAUCGACUACUUCGAGGCGAUCCCGGAGGUGGCGCGUUUGCCCGAGGGUCAGAACCCUGCGACAUGGAUGUUGGAGUGCAUUGGUGCUGGAGUGGCUGGAGCAGGCGAGAAGUCAACAGCGGACGCUGCCACAAACGUGGACUUCGUGCAGCACUUCCGCGAGAGCGCCGAGCAGCAGGCUUUGCUCAGUGGACUGGAUCGACCAGGGGUCACCUCGCCCUUAUCAGAUGUACCGGAGAUGAUUUUCAAGAGCAAGCGCGCCGCGAGCUCAGUUACGCAGCUGCGGAUGCUCGUCGCUCGCUUUCUGACGAUUUAUUGGCGCACUCCAUCGUACAACCUGACGCGUUUGAUGAUCUCGCUUUGCCUCGGCAUUGUCUUCGGCUUGGUGCUGGUGAACGGGGAGUACAGAACAUACCAGGGCCUCAAUGCCGCGGUGGGUGUCAUCUUCAUGACGACGCAGUACAACGGUAUCGCUGCCUAUGUUGGAACGCUACCGUUCACGGGCCAUGAACGUGAAUCGUAUUACAGGGAGCGCGCGUCGCAGACGUACGCAGCGCUCUGGCCGAUCCCGUACAUUUUCUUCAGUGGUUUCCUGUUCACCGCCCCCUUCUACCCGUUGAUGAGCUUCACAACCUUCACGACGUGGCUGCUGUACUGGGUCAACCUGUCGCUCUUCGUGCUCAUGCAGACGUACCUCGGCCAGCUCUUCAUCUACGCGUUGCCGAGCGUCGAGGUGGCGGCUAUCGUGGGCGUGCUGAUCAACGCCAUCUUCCUGCUGUUCGCCGGCUUCAACCCGCCCGCCGGAUCCAUCCCGAGCGGCUACAUGUGGCUCUACCACAUCACGCCCCAACGGUACUCGCUCUCCAUCCUCGUGGCGCUGCUGUUUGGCAACUGCCCCGAAGACCCGACGUUCGACGAAGCCACGCAGACGUACAUCAACGUGCGGUCGGAGCUGGCGUGCCAGCCGCUGCAGAGCACGCCGCUGUCCGUCGGCCACACGACCGUGAAGGGCUACAUCGCGGACGUGUACAACAUGAAAUACGACGAGGUGUGGAGCAACUUCGGGUGCGUCUUCAUCUUCCUCUUUGUGUUCCGCUUCUUGUCGCUGUUGGCGCUCCAGUACAUCAACCACCAGAAGAGAUAA